AUGUCUGUUGCGCUGAGAGAUAACCGGAUUGAGCUGGUCCGAGCCACGUCGCAGGAGUUGACCAUCAGCAUCAGUGAGGUCACGCUGGCAGACGAGGGGAUGUACACCUGCUCCCUGUUCACCAUGCCUGUCAAAACAGCCAAGGCUUUCCUCACCGUCCUGGGUGUGCCUAAGAAACCAGAGAUCAAUGGACUCACCAAGCCUGUGUUGGAGGGAGAUCAAAUCACACUGACCUGUGUGACCUCUGGUAGCAAACCCGCGGCUGAUGUCCGAUGGUUCAAGAAUGAGAAGGAGAUCAAAGGUGCCAAAGAGGUGAAUGCCAGUGGCAAGACUUUCACAGUGAAGAGCUCCCUUCAGCUCCUGGUGAACCGGCAUGAUGACGGUGUGGCCUACACUUGUAGAGUGGACCAUGUGUCCCUAACUGCCACCCACGAAGAGACCACACAGGUCUUGGAGGUCCACUAUGCUCCCUAUGUAGAGAUCAAACACUCCAUACCAGCCACACUGGAGGGGCAGUACCUCAAACUGGAAUGUGUACCUCAUGGAAACCCCUCGCCAGACCCAGUACUCUGGACUAAAGAUGGAGGAGAGCUGCCAGACCUGGACCGGGUGAUUGUCGAAGGAAGAGAGCUCACCUUUAUGUCACUGAACAAAACAGAUAACGGCACCUACCGCUGUGAAGCUACCAAUCACCUCGGCACCAGCCACGCUGAAUAUAAGCUGGUUGUUAAAGAUGCCCCCACCACAUCGUCACCAUCCACAACUUCCCCUUCACCCACCCUCCAAGACAAUACAGGUCCCUUAGACUCCAAGGAUCUCAAUUCUGCUGUCACCGGUAACAGAGAUCCUAAUGCCCUGCCAGGACCGCCAGACCACGCUCUGAUCGGUGGAAUUGUUGCCGUCGUCGUUUUCGCCACUUUGUGCUUAAUUAUUGUAUUAGGACGCUACCUGGCACGGCAUAAAGGCACGUAUUUGACAAACGAGGCAAAAGGAGCAGAUGACGCCCCAGAUGCAGACACAGCCAUCAUCAAUGCUGACGGCAACCACGCACACGCAGAAGAAAAGAAAGAGUAUUUCAUUUAGACUGCAAUGGCACUGCGCUCCUCUCUCUCUCUCCUCUCGUUCCUUCCCUCCUUCCCUGUACCGUGUAGGAACUUCUUCAGACAGCGGCGGAAGCUUCUUCUCACUCUUUCUGUUCAGUUUGUUGUUUUUCAUUUCAGUUUGGAUUUCUUUUGCCUUUUUCGAUAACAGCUCACCUGCUACUUUAUAGGAGCAACUUUUUUGCUGAAGAUGUCACAUUUUGUAAUCAUUAAAUAGCUGUAAAACACCCCAAAGUAGUGCAAAAAGUCAAAUCUCCAAAUACAAAAAAAAUAUAUAGUCUGCAGCCAUCCUCCAAUAAGGACUCGCCCUUCAUCCUCUCACAGUGCCUAAAUAUACAGAUGUCCGCUGAGUUUCAGUCAACGCGCCAUGUUU